AUGGCGCCGAUCGACAACAAGGUUGACCACGAUGUCGUCGAGCAGCAGCUCAAGGACAUCAUCCAAGACCUGUACCAGAUCAUGGUGCAGGUGUCCACGUACGACUCCAUGGGCCGUCCCAGCAAAGACGUCCUGUCCAACGAGAUAAAAACCCUCUCCCGCUCGCUCAACACGCUGCACACGACCGCCGCGCCGCCGCACGUCCUGCCCUCAGUGCCGCCCGAGCUACUCGAGUACGUCGAGAACGGGCGCAACCCGGACAUUUACACGCGCGAGUUCGUCGAGCUCGUGCGCCGCGGCAACCAGCUGAUGGCCGGCAAGAUGCGCGGCUUCGGCGCGUUCCGCGACGUCCUCGCGCACAACGUCGCCGCCGCCAUGCCCGAGCUGCGCGACGAUGUGGCCCGCGUCGUCGAGGCUACGAGUGGUGGUGAGAUGGGCGCGACCGGGAUCCCUCCUCAUGUGGCCGCUGCGGUCAACGGCACGGCGGCGGCAGCAGCCAACGCGACGCAGCAGACCGGCCGGGGGGGCAGCAGCAACGACGCAACAGGUGAGCGGGCGGCGACGGCGACGGCGGAUGGUGCCCGGACGACUGCGGGCUAG